CACAGAACAGCUUUCGCUCAACCAGAUCUCUGCUGUUCUGGUUUCGUAGUUUGUUAUUGCUGAGAGAAGAUUUGCUUCGCUGUUUGUAGCAGUUUUCGCUCGAUUCAGCCAAUUCGCGCUAAUUAUUGUUCUGCUCGCAUCAGCCAUCAACAACGUGUCCCAAGAAGGAUUUUGGAAGUCGGAGUUGCAGAUUUCUUUUGGCAGUAUGGCAGCUGGAUUGCCUAAAAGAAUUCUCAAGGAGACGCAGAGGUUGAUGCAGGAGCCUGUUUCUGGUAUCGAAGCAGUGCCGGAUGACAACAAUGCAAGAUAUUUCCACGUCGUUGUUGCCGGACCGAGAGAUAGCCCAUUCGAAGGUGGUACUUUCAAACUUGAACUAUUUUUGCCUGAAGAAUAUCCAAUGUCAGCGCCAAAAGUACGUUUCAUGACCAAGAUUUACCAUCCCAAUAUUGACAAGCUUGGUCGUAUAUGCUUAGAUAUUCUAAAAGAUAAAUGGAGUCCUGCACUCCAAAUUCGUACAGUACUGUUGUCUAUUCAAGCAUUGCUAAGUGCGCCUAAUCCCGACGAUCCACUCGACACUACUGUCGCCGAGCAAUGGAAAACUAAUGAAGCAGUUGCUAUACAAACUGCACGACAAUGGACGAGGCAGUAUGCACAAAGAACAUAAUAUUUUACCUAAUACCCUCCCCAUGCCUGUCUUUUGAAUUCUAAUCUUUGGUGUAGGUGCAUGCAUAUUCGCUCUUUGGCUUUCUUGGCUUGUUUUUUCUUCUUCUUGCUUCUCCCAACACCUGUCUUCUUCACCGCUUGUUCUUGGUCUUGUCGUCAGACAUUUUUCCUCACUCUCCGUCUUUGUGUGUCUGUUUGUGUGUGUGUGUGCACGUGUAACUGUGUAUGUGUGUACAUACUCUAAUUUGAUGAUGCAUGUCGAAUGUUCGUUGUCUGUACAGUGUAUGAGCUGGUUUGCUGGUCCGUUUUUUUGCUGGUGGAGCGGUGGCCAGCUGUGGUAUUGUUGCAAGUCUUAUGGUAAUCACGUAGGUUUUAAUGCUGUCUUGUAAUUGGUCAGUUACUGCUGGUCGUCGUAGUGUGCGUGUGUGUGUGUGUGUAUGUGUGUGUGUGGUGUGGACAAUUGCUGGUCGUUGUGUUUUCGCUGCCACUGCUGUUGUUUUUGCGCAUUACGUUGAUUUGCCAAAAGCAUUUUCAUGCACGCGUGGCUCGACGUUAGUUUGUGUGCGGGGCAACUUCUUUCAUUUACCUUGACCCCACCGUGUUUUGUCAUUGUCCAUUCAUCUCCUGAACAUCUUCUGUCACAAUGUACGUGGAAUGUACCGGUAUAUGUUCAGUUGUGGUGUCACCUUCGUCCAGACACUGCUGUAGUCGACAACCCGGCGCUCUGGCUUUAUCCGUGUUUGCCAUUCCAGCAGUAAUAUAUUAUUAUUGAAUACGGAGGGAGCGUGCUUGUCUUGCGUUGACAGUUGAA